UGCGGGGCGCUGCAUGCGGCGCAGGGGGCACUUCCGGGCGGCGCAGAAGACACUUCCGGGCGGAGCGCUGCUAUAUAAAGGCGGCGGCGCGUGGCCGGGCCCUCUUCCGCCGCCCCCGGGAGCGCGAUGACGAAGAAGAGGAGGAACAACGGCCGUGCCAAGAAGGGCCGCGGCCACGUCCAGCCCAUCCGCUGCACCAACUGCGCCCGCUGCGUCCCCAAGGACAAAGCCAUCAAGAAAUUCGUCAUCAGGAACAUCGUGGAGGCUGCAGCCGUCAGGGACAUCUCGGAGGCCAGCGUCUUCGACUCCUAUGUCCUGCCCAAGCUGUACGUCAAGCUGCACUACUGCGUCAGCUGUGCCAUCCACAGUAAGGUGGUGAGGAACCGCUCACGGGAGGCCCGCAAGGACCGGACCCCCCCGCCUCGCUUCAGGCCAGCGGGCGCAGCCCCCCGGCCUCCCCCCAAGCCCAUGUAAGGCGAAGAUGUCUGGAAACGUCCCUGGGCUGAAAAUGUCCCUGAGUUCAGUCUGAAUAAAGGACUUGAGACCAAA